AUGGCGGCUGUAAAGGCUGACGCCGCGUUUUGGGAAGUUGGGGGCUACAAGGCGAACAUCAGACGGAUCCGAGAUGGAGCUGAUCAACUGGAAGAGUACUCUAAGAUGAUCAAGGAACGAGCUGACAUUGAACAGAAAUACGGCAAAGCUCUACAAGGGUGGCAAGCAAAGUGGCUGAAUUAUGGACACCAGAUGUUACAGGAGUCGAUCGUGAAAGAUAUGUGGUGCAAUUUGAUGGACGAGUCCAAGGAAUUGGCCAAAAUUCAUUUGGAAAUUAGGGAACGGUCCCAAGAUGAACUUUUAAAGACGAUUCAGCUGUUUCGAAAGGAGAAUUAUCAUCAUUCAACGAUUCGAGGAUUCAAAGAGGCCAGAGAGUUAGAGGAAGAGUUCGAAAAGGUAAAUUUUGAUAAUUUUUUAAAGGUUUUGUAAAAUGAUUUUCAAUUUUUUUGGUAAAGAUGUAAAAUUCUUAUCGUUUUGCGAGUUUUUCUAUCCACAAGUUCUUGUUUUUGAAAACGAAAAGCAGGUUACGAAAUUUCGGAAAAUUCGUAUAUCUUGGUCUUACGUAACGCAAAGCAAUCUGCGACCGAAGUUACUUGAAUAUUUUAUGAAAUAUUUAACAGAGAGUUUAUGUUUUUGUAUUAAAAAUAAUAGAUUGUAUAAGCAAAGUAUUUUAAUUAAUUGUAAAUUCAAUUUUAGGCACAGCGACCAUGGAAGAAACUGUACGACAAAAUGGAGAACUGCCGGAAGGCAUAUUAUACCGCUUGUCGAUCAGAGAAGUCGACCGCUAUUCAGUUGGUGAACAUGAAAGGAGAUGCGUCCACAGCUAAUGAGAGCACGGACAAGUUGAAGGAACGGUUGAAUAAGUGUGAGGAAGAUGUGGAGAAGACGAGGACGGCAUACAAGAAUGCCUUGAAUGAACUGAAUGGGUAUUCUUCUGUAUACAGCGAGAACAUGGCCUUUGUCUUCGAGAAGUGUCAAUUGAUGGAGAUGAAAAGGGCCAAGUUCUUGCUGGAGAUGUUCUCUGGAUUCCAGCAGAUUCUAGUUGAUGUGGUUAGUCCAUCAAAGUAAGUGUUUUCUGGUUUCUGUUUAGUUUUAGGUGUUUUUUGUUGACAACGUUGUUAUAAUUACUGAAAACAUUUUUAUGUUUAUUUAUUGAGAAGGCAAGUAAUUAUAUGGGUUCUGUUAACAAUGAGAAAGAUAAAUAAUGAUGUUUAUUUGUUGGUUCUCAAGCUUCACUUUUAGAUUGUCACAUAUCCACGAAAAGUUGGCCAAAGCGUUUACUGAAACAAAUGAUAAUGACGUGAAAGCAGAUCUCCAGAAGUGGUCGAGGUGUUUUGGCACGGCCUCCUCUCUAAUUGUCCCAACUUACGAGGAAUACACACCGGAAAUGAGACAAAUUACGAGUAACGGAGGAUCGAAAGGCUCAAAGAAGAAGGACGAGACUGGUGGUGUAGUUCUGAUGAAACAAAAGAUUACUUCUGAUGAGCUCCCAGGCACCCCGACCAUUGCUCACAGUCUGGAACGGCAGUCAGCGUUGCAAAAGUAUCCAGAAAACAGGAAAUCGACGUUAUCACAACAAACUUCUCAGACAAGUCACCUGCAGAAGAAGCUAAGGAAGGAUCUGAGUGACAGUCCUAAAAUGGAUAGGUCCAGCAGUAUUGAGUUGUCUCAGGUAAGUUAAAAUCAUUUCUUAGGUUAUAAAAAACUAUUUUUAAUAUGUAACUACGUAGUACUGUUAAUUCGAUCUUUUUUGAAUUACAAUUAAAGAUUAUAUGAUAAUUUUGUUUUACAAGUUAAUUAGUAAAUCGUUUUUAAACUUUCAUAUCUUUUGUAAUUGGUUAUGUUUUAGACAGUGCAAAUGAGGGAAAGCGAGAGUAGUUCAAUUCGUUCAUUCCACGCUUCAAGGAGUCUUGAUUGUUCAUCAACUGAUAGUUAUGUGACGCGGAAGUCAGAGAGCAUUGAAGUAGAGGUAACGGCAUUGGACCGGACCUUAACAAAGUCAUCAAGUCCAUCGGAAAAGACAGACCCGAUUCAACCGGUCAAUGAGAUCAGGGUAGAGCCUUUUGCUGAUCCCUUUCCUAUGCCAACUCCAAACCGAGCUUUGAUGAAUGCUUGUGGUGACACUUUCUCGCCCAUCCAAAGGCAUCAGAAGACCGGCUUCGGAUCCUCAUUAACUGGGAUGUUGGCCAUGGAGAAGCGACAGGCCCAGGAAAUCAUUAACACUUAUCAGCGACCUUCUCCACGAGCUCAAAGCGAUAGCGGAAAUAGCAAUGGGUCCAAUGAAAGUGAAACUCAGAUGCCCCGAGGGCCUGCUAAAGUUUUAUAUGACUAUUCGCCAAUUGAGGAUGACGAAAUUCCCCUACACAAAGGUUGGUCGCUUAUUUUAUGUCUUCCUGCUUCUAAGGGGUUUAAAUGACAUUUCUGGGGCUUUUAAAUUGCACUAAAACACUUUUUACUUCGUUCCUGGUUAGAAAAGCUAAAUUUAGAACUUGGUGUGGGGGUGUUUUUGCCUUUGGAGUAUUUUCGGACAGGAGGUAAUGUAUUCGAGCAAGCUUUUUAUUAAUAUUGUUAUUAAACUAUUAUUAUUAAUUUAAAAUUUUUGUUUUGUUUUUGCAGGUGAGGUUCUAGAAGUACUUCACGGCCCAGACGACCUUGGCUGGUGCUAUGGCCGAAAAGGGAUGAUGCAAGGUCUGUUCCCUGCCAGCUACGUGGCUCCCGUUUGA